ACAGACAGGAUUUUAUACAUUUUGAGCAAAUUCACUAACAAGAUUACUUCAUGUAGUUACUUGGAUGAUCACCCGAGUUCAAACACAGUCACAGUUCAUAGCCACACCGCUGGAAUGCACAAAAAACAUUGCGCACUUUUUCUUUUUUCUUUUUUCUUUUUUUUUUUAAGCCUCCAAAGACGCACAGAAGGCGAGCAUAAAUAAACCUUAGAUAUUCAGACUGGUGUCAUGUGCUGGUGACCCAUCUGAGAAACUGAGCCACCUGUGCUGUUGCAGUCAAGCCUGUGAGCGCCAUGUGCACAUGGGCAGCAGCUAAAAGAAUCCAUAUGGCUUUACUAAUGUGCACAAACAGCGGAUGAUUGCACUUAAGUAAGUCAAGAAGCAAACAGAUUCCUGUCCUAGCUUUUAUCUGAAGAGAUAUGUGAACACUGCACUGCAGGAGGAAGGAAAGAAAGCAAUAACACUUGACAUGAGGCAAUAAAAAGUUGAGAAUUGUAAUUUCUUCCAAAGCCAAAGAGGGGUUGGAAACAAGCUCGAGGAUAAUCCACACUGCUUCCGUUUGCCAUUUCACCGCCCUCCUUUUUGCCCAGGUCACAUCUGCGGCCGUACAUGAGGGAAAAGUCUGGGAGUGCUUCUGUCAAAGGCAUUCAUGCAUGCAACAUUUUGACAGACUUUCACUCCAGCUCCAUUGCACGACUCGCUCACACACUGCGUCUUCCAUUUCCCACUCCUCAGCAUCACCCCCUAUCGAGAUCAGCCUAAGAUAUCAGUCUUCCAGUAGCUUUUUAUUGUCCAAUCCAACUCACCAGUCUGUGUGUCACAUACUGGCAUUAUUUGGUGCACACACUGUCAUUGUGAAGCUAAACACACACCUAUGGGUGUGUGCUGCCAGAGUAUAAAUAGUUGAACAAAGGCCCUUUUGGAGCGACAAGAGGCCGAAACCUGAAACUCGGAGUGAUUCCUCCCUCUGGUAACUCUAUACGCUCACACACCGAGAGGCUGGACGGAGUCUCCAGCAACAUAGUGAUUUAGUUCCUGAGAGAGUGAAGAGACAAGGCAGCAGGGUGCCCGCCUUCCACACUGCUGCUGUCUGAUUUUUCAGGUGUUUAAGAAGACCAGAUCAGCAAGAAGACCCACCCACCCCUCCUUCCAGCUCUUUGUAUCAGCUGGAGAAAAAAAAAAAACUGAGGAGAAGAAGAUAACACCCAGGCGGACCACACCCAGAGUCCCAACAGCCUCAGGACCGAGUCUCCUUCUUCUCACCUCCCAGACUUUUAAGCAUAGUCAGGACAUCUUUAGUGCUCAUAACUAAGCUGGAAUAGCUGCUGUAGAUCUGUAUUGUGUCUCUCACUCUGAAGUGUGUGUGUGUGUGUGUGUGUGUGUGAUAGAGAGAGUGUGUGUGUGUGUGUGUGGGGUGUGUGUUUUGACGCCGUUGAGAGACACCACCAGGUCUUCUUUCUCCUGUCAGGAUGUCUGCAGUACAAGAGCUGCUGCUGCUACCUCUGACCCUCCUGGCGCUUCAAGCAUCUCUGUGCCAUGGAGCCUGCGUCGAGGUGGACUCAGACACGGAGGCCGUGGCCAAUGAAGGCUUCAAACUGGGCUGCAUCUCCUGUAAGAUGAGGGGUGAGGUGCCCGCCAUGGCCUCCGUCAAAUGGUCCUUCAAAGCCUCGGAUGAGACGGAGUUCACGGACUUAUACAGCUACGAAGAUCAAAAAGCCGAGAUCAUUGACCCACGUUUUUACGAGCGUCUGGACUGGAACGGCAGCAAGAACACCGAUGACCUACAAGAUGGCUCCAUCUACAUCCUCAAUGUCACCUUCAAUGACACAGGAACCUACCGGUGCAUUUUCAGCCGCACCCUCAAGUAUCCCGACUACGAGUAUAAUAUCAGCCCCAACAAGACUAUCGUCAUGAACGUGGUGCCACGACUCACCAGGGGACUGGCAUCCAUCUUGUCUGAGGUGAUGAUGUAUGUCUCCAUCAUUGGGCUGCAGCUCUGGCUGGUGGUUGAGAUGAUUUACUGCUACAGGAAGAUAGCGGCAGCAGGAGAGGAAGCUCUGAGAGAGAGCGCGGCGGAGUAUUUAGCUAUAGCAUCGGAAAGUAAAGAUAAUUGUGCAGGUGUACAAGUGGCAGAAUAGCACUGGUCGAGGAAGAACUCAAGACGGCUUUCUGUAAGGAAUCCCACAUCUCCUCUCACCGUCACUCACCUCCCGCCAUCCUCUCCACAAGAUGGAAAUAUGGAACCACUGAGAGGCGAAAGAUCUUCAUCGAAAGGUUAUCUUUAAAAUGUCUUUCUGCGAAAAAAGAUGGAAAGGAGCGAACUAUAUUCUGUUCUGAGGGACAAGAGACGAUGCAUCCGGUCAUCAUCAAACAGAACAGAGGGGGCAGAGAGAGGUUGAGAGUUGUAGUGUAUAUAUAGGUGUAUAAGUAUGCACAGAUAAUCUAUGAACACAUGUAGAGUAUAUUAUAGGACUACACUGUAUAUCCACUAUCUGCAUGCUUACAAAUUAUCGAAAAGACCAACAUGUAUCUGACGUUCUGUCGCAGUCACGUCAAGAGUGAGUUAUUCCAUUUCACACCAUGUGCUGACAUCAGGGUUUGACCGAUACAGGUGUUAUGAAGCUGUUUUUAACUGAAGUCAGUGUUUCCUCAAAGGUUUAUGAAGCCGCGGUGCAAAUAGAAAUCACGUUGAACGAUAAAUUAAAACAAAUAUUUUAAUGAGACUAAAUUUGAGUGAUAUUUCUCUAAAGGAAAUCACUGCUACGACAGCUGAUAUUUUGUCCUGAUAGAUUUUGAUGCUCAAAAGUUGCAAGUAUUUUGGAUGUUUUUUGAAAAAAAUUGGGACACAAUGAAAACUACAAAACCUGGUUUAUCAUUUCAGUGGCAGCCACACAACAGGUCAAUAUCUAAACUUUGGGGACACUUAAAAACAUGUUAUCUAUGGUCCAACCCUGACUGACUUCUUCGUAUAUUUUUAAUAAACAGAAUUAAAGAGAGGAUGUGAGAAGGUGAGAUGAACUAUCAUUUUUUUGGAGCAGUUGUACAUCGAUGACACUAAAAACUCAACAGGAAUUUGAACACCCAUCUCUCUCUCACGUUUACGUAAAGAUCACCCACUCACAUCUGCUCACCAAGAGAAGACACUAUCGACGUUAAAUGUGAAUUCUGUCAAACGUUUGGCUCGUCACUGGAAGGUGUUGAAAUCACAGUUUCAAUGAGUAGAGAUCUGAGUUUUUAACUCUUGAGAAAGCAGGUAUGUAGUCAUCAGACACUGUAAUUUGUAGCUUAAACGUAGUGCCUGUCACGUUUUCAAUGUUUCGCCUUGGACUGGGGAAGCAGCUGAGAUGAGAUCAUGUUUUACCUUAAAUUCUUAGACAAAGUGACAUUUUUUUUUACUGUGUUUUCCUUGAUCCUGCAAGCUCAUAAUGAUGAUAAGUUCAUUUUAUUAACUUAAAUUUAACUGAAGCAUGAUGACAGGCCUGUUCGGUUUAAACUGGCUGUGUAAGUAGAAGUUUUAGUGCUGAAAAAUCUCUCACUAGAUUCACGCGGUGAGUAAAAAUAGCACCAAAGCGUGACUUCUUGUGACAUACGAGAAGACGAUGCUCACUUUACAGCAGCAGACAAAUUUUGUAUCAAUAAAAAACAACAAAAAACAAAAAAACAUGCAGCUUUACCAUUCAGUAGAAACUUUUCCAUUGAUGUCUAAUUUCACACAAAUGUCUUAAUGUCUUUGUAGAAACUUAAGGGCUUGGCAAAUUGUUAACGUCUAACUGCCGUGGGCAAAUGUACCACAAAACCUGUCUAGUGUGCCUCCCAGCGUGAAGCCAGUGGAAACCAAAAGGAGAAACAAAAAAACAAAAAAAAAAGGAGAGAGCCUUGUUACAGAUCUUUGUGUAGCAGCUGUACUCGCUUCUCUUUCCGGACAGCCAGUUACUGAAUAUUGGUGAACACUAGAUGGCAGCCAAACACUGCCGAUCUGCAUGUUUACUGUUCAUCUCUUUCAUACAGAACUUGAGUUUGAUACAUUUUGAGAUACUGAGAAUGGAGGACACACAAACUGAUGAAUUCAUACAGAAUAGCUGCAUGCUUUUACUGAUAGAUAAA